AUGAUUGAGAACAUCCAAUUGCAUCACUUUGCGGAUGCAAGUGAAGGCGGUUAUGGAACCGUAACGUACAUUCACAUGUCAAAUACAUCAGGCAACAUUCAGGUUUCCCUUCUUCUGGGCAAGGCCAGAGUGACUCCGCUGAAGGCUGUAACGAUUCCACGGCUGGAGUUGACAGCGGCUGUCCUUGCAGUCAGAGUAGAUGCAAUGUUGAGAGCAGAGCUGAAACUUAAACGGAGUCACUCAGUCUUCUGGACUGAUAGCACUUCAGUGCUUAAGUACAUUAACAAUGAGGAUAAACGUUUUCAUACAUUUGUGGCAAAUAGAAUCACAGCUAUCAGAGAUGCAUCUGAGCCAUCACAGUGGCGACACGUCCGUACCCAAGACAAUCCAGCAGAUGAGGCAUCGAGAGGACUUAAGGUGACAGACUUGCUGAAGAACGACCGGUGGCUUGAAGGGCCUGCAUUUCUCUGGAGGAACGAGGAGGACUGGCCUAAAGCCGUACUGGACAUUACUAUGGACUCCAGUGACGAAGAGGUUAGAAGGGAGGAGACCGUAAAUGCCAUUAAUAUAUAUGAUGCAUCUAAUCCUACUGAUCAUCUCAUUGUCUAUUUUUCUGACUGGAGGCGACUGAAAACAGCAGUCGCCUGGUUCUUCUGA